AUAAAUUAUAAUACAUGAACAAGCUAACAACACUACUAGGCUCAAACCCUAGUAUCCUUCCAUGGCUCACACUAGCAGCCAUCAUCUGUCUCCAGUCCAUCAACGGCACGAACACGUCGUUUCCGGCGUACUCCAGCGAGCUCAAAUCGCGGCUUCAUAUCUCGCAAAUCCAGCUGAACGUUCUCGCCGCCGCCUCCGACGUCGGGAAGCUCUUCGGCUGGUGCGCCGGCCUCGGCGCCGCCCGGCUCCCCCUCUGGCUCGUCCUCGCCGUCGGCGCCGCCAUCGGCUCGGUCGGCUACGGGCUCCAGUACCUGUUUUUGGCCCAUAAAAUCACGCAACUCGCAUACUGGCACGUAUUCUUACUCAACGUGCUCGCCGGGAACAGCAUCUGCUGGAUCAACACCGUGUGCUACAUCGCAGCCAUCCGCGCGUUCCCCGCGGAUUACGGGGCCGUCGUCAGCCUCUCGACGAGCUACGCGGCGCUGAGCGCGAAGACGUACAUCGCCCUCGCACAGUUUAUACUUGGCGCGGAGCCCAGUGACAAGAGCAUCUACUUGUUGCUGAACUCCGCGGUGCCGCUCGCCGUCUGCGCGAUCGCCGCGCCGUUCCUCAGAGAACCAGACCCGCUGGCGGCGGCGGCGGCGGGCGCGACGAGGACGCGCGGAGGUCUGGUCGCCGUGUUCGUGAUCGCGGGGGCGACCGGAGUUUACGCGGUGGUGGAGACGGCGGUCCCGGUGUUCGGAAAACUCCCGCGGCGGCUACCGCCGGGGAUUCUGCUGAUCAUGGUGGCGUCGAUAGUUCUAGUGCCGCUGUGGAAGAGAAUAGAAGGGGAGGAGAGAGAAAGAGGAGAGAGGAGGGGGAGGAGGAGCGGAGGAGGAGGAGGAGGAGGUGACGACGGGGAGAAGGUGGCGUUGGUUGGGGAGUGUGGGGCGCGGGGGAUGGUGAGGAGCGCGGAGUUCUGGGUGUACUUCGGGACGUAUCUAUGCGGGGGUGCGCUGGGGAUGGUGUAUGCGAGCAACCUGGGCCAGGUGGCGCAGUCGCGCGGGGCCUCGGCGGCGGCGCUCGUGUCCACGUCAUCCGCCUUCGGAUUCUUCGGGAAGCUCGCCUCCGCCCCCGCGUCCGCAUACGCCCGGAGAAAAUAUAUGUUAUCAAGGCCAGGAUCAGUUGCACUACUGAUGAUGACCAUGGCUUGCUCAUUCUUUUUGCUUCUGAGCCCUUCUGAGCACUCUCUCUUCGCCAGCACGGCCAUCAUCGGCAUGUGCACGGGCGCGAUAACGUCCCUCGCCGUCGCGAUCACCUCCGACCUAUUCGGGUUCGAGCAUUUCGCCGUUAACCACAACAUCGUGGUUGCGAACAUACCGAUCGGAUCGUUCAUUUUCGGAUGUAUUGCGGCUAUUAUCUACGACAAAGAACGAGAGCAUCAUGGGGGAGAUCAGGAUGGGGUGUGUUUUGGGAUGAAGUGUUACCAGAGAACUUUUGUUAUAUGGGGUUCCUUUUGCUCACUUGGAACACUUUUGAGCUUUGUUUUGUACUUUAGAACUAGAAGGUGUUCUCAAAGUACUAUGUCAAGUACCAAGGUGACUGGUUGUCAAGUUUAACUUGGUAUGUGUAAUCUUAGUUACUUUGAUUUCAUGUAUUCUUAUUAAUUUGAGAAUAUAUAGUUCGCUAUUGAUGAAUAAA